AUUCACUCUGAAGCAAACUCUUUCCGUCGGUGCUCCCCAAUCUUCAGUGCUCAAAGUUUUCUCCCAUUGCUCUGAAAUGCCCCUGGUGUGUUUGUCAGAAUUUGAAGCUUAUGCGAAAAAACAUCUUCCCAAGGCCUCCUGGGAUUUUAUUGCAGCUGGUGCAGAUGAAUGUUGCACCCGGGAUGACAACCUCAUGGCAUAUAAAAGAAUCCAUUUACGACCGCGUGUCCUGAGGGACAUGUCUGUAAUGGACACAAAGACCACAGUCCUUGGCACUGAGAUCAGCUUCCCUGUGGGGAUUGCUCCCAGCGGUUUCCACAAGUUGGCUUGGCCGGAUGGAGAGCGGAGCACAGCUAGAGCGGCAGAAGCCAUGAAUGUCUGCUACAUUGCCAGUACCUACUCUUCUUGCUCCGUGGAAGAAAUUGCUGCUGCUGCCCCUGCUGGCCUCCGAUGGUUCCAGCUUUACAUUCACCGGAAGAGGACGCUCUCAGAGCAGCUGGUGCGACGGGUGGAAGCCUUGGGUUUCCAGGCCCUGGUGCUCACAGUCGACGUGCCAUACACUGGGAAGAGGCGUGAUGACCUCCGCAACAACUUCCAGUUGCCAACAUACACAUCAAAGAACUUUGAAGGUGCCUUUGAGGAUGAGGAUCAUACCAAUGAUGAGAGGCUGCAUGCCGGCUCUGUGGACUACUCUGUCAGUUGGAAGGACAUUGGCUGGCUACGGAGCUUGACGCGUCUGCCGCUCAUUCUCAAGGGAAUUCUGACCAAGGAGGAUGCAGAGCUGGCCAUGAAACAUGGAGUCCAAGGGAUUGUUGUAUCCAACCAUGGAGGGAGGCAGCUGGAUUCAGUACCCGCAAGUAUUGAUGCUCUGCCCGAAAUUACAGCCACAGUGCAAGACAAAGUUGAAGUUUAUUUGGAUGGUGGGAUACGGACAGGAAAUGAUGUGUUGAAAGCACUGGCACUUGGGGCAAAAUGUGUCUUCAUUGGGAGGCCUGCCUUAUGGGGCCUGGCCUAUAAGGGUGAAGAAGGGCUUCAAGAAGUAUUGAAGAUUUUGAAAGACGAAUUUUGUUUGUCAAUGGCUCUAGCUGGUUGUAGAAAUGUCUCAGAAAUUGGCCGCCAUCUUGUUCAGUACUCCAAGCUGUAAAGGACACUCCAGCAGUGUUUAUCCAAACAAUCACAGCAGUGAUGGAAAAGAGUCAACAACCCGCAUGUCAGAACACACAUAACAUCUUCUGGUUAGCCAAUAGGCAGUUCACCGCUUCUUUGACUCUGCACCUGACAGUUGCUAAGAUGGAACCCUCCUUUGCAUCUCAAGACUACCUCCCUCACUCAUUGAGACCAGCUAUGAAACUCUCAGUGCUGCCACUUCAGCUCAACACUGCCUCACCCUGCAGUCUCCCCAAGUAUUGCCACAGAGAGUAGAUAAUAGCCUGAUUUUUGCAAUUUGAUUUCGUAGUAGAACCGUUACAAAAAUGGUUGGACAUCAUACAGACCCUAGAAACCAAACCAGCAAUUCUUACCUGAAUCCUAACUCAAAUUUGAUUCUAGAUAGGGAAGAGGAGGAGCAUAGAUUAAUGUUCUCAUUUAUUUCCCAAAUAUAUUUUUUUGUUUGGUAAUAUUCUUGUGUGUGGCUCCUAUUUAAGUCAAUGGGGCUUACACAAGAGAACAUUCUGUUGGGCUGUGCUCACAGACAUUACCUGCUGGAUUUCUCAUUUGCCACCAAUGGGCACAAGAGAUGCUAAAGUUAGGAUGUACAUGCAGAAUAGAAAUAUCUGUUUAGUAUUAAUGCCUUUAAUAUUUCUGUGUGCAAGGUUCUCUGAAUUAAAGUAAAAUCUUAUUUUCAAUUCA